ACAACAACUGCACCAACAACAACUGCACCAACAACAACAACUGCACCAACAACUGCUACUGCGAACGCAGAAACAACUACGAGUUUACCCACGACGACUGCUCCUACAACCACGAGUGCGUCUGUAACCUUGACAACAACCAACCCAUCAACCUCAACAGCCGCACCUACGACCACAUCAACCACUCCUACAACCGUGACGUCCCCUUUAACUACAACUACAGCUAAGGAGCCUGGAAAUGUAGAGAAUGUCACCGUGUUUGACAUCACAACAUCCUCUGUGACAGUGCGGUGGAAUAAAAUUGAUGUUUCUCUCUACCGAGUAGUCUGGACAGAUGGGACAACUCCAGAAACUGAAAAUGUUACAGAGAACUUUAAAAACAUCACAGAUCUAACGCCUGGGGUCCGGUACACCAUAAUUGUUACUGCUGUUGAAGGUAACAAAGAAGGAAAACCUGGCAAUACGACUUUCUACACAAGGCCUGUGAAGCCUGUGCAACUCGUGGUUGUAUCAAGAUCCACUGGCAACUUAAGCAUCAGCUGGACAUUGCCUGAUGGAAGGGUUGACUCUUACAGGGUGGAAAUCUCAAACAAAGACAUCCACUAUUCUAACGUCACAGACACAAACAACACCCCAGCAAAAUUCUCUAACUUACUUCCUGGAAGAGUCUACGUUAUCACAGUGACUGCUGUAGCUGGAAACUUCAGUAAUACCUCUGACCAGUUUUCAUUUGCCACAUAUCCCACACCCCCUGGGUACCUCAUCAUCAGCGAGAGGACAAACUCCUCUUUACAGCUGCAGUGGUCAACUCCGACGGCAAUGAACAAUACUCCUGACAUCAGCUAUUGUAUCACCUACCAGCCUCUGGGUGACUGUACGACUCUGACCACAGUACUGAACUCUGCAUUGGAUGGUCUUCAGUCUGGAACCAAGUACAACAUAAGCAUAAAGACUGUGGGACCAGAUAAAUUAAACAGCACGACUGUCACUAAUUCAACUUAUACUUUGCCAAACCCUGUGCAGGAUGCAGCAGCCAGCCCUACUUCUACAACCUCAAUAAGGGUGACUUGGUCAAAACCAUCGGGUUUCCAGGAAAAUUACCGGUACUUGGUUCAAACUUACAAUGGCAGCGGAGCAAUUGUCCACUCAAAUAACAUCAGCAACACCAGCUAUGAAGUUCCCAAUCUGGAGCCAGGCUUCAAGUACUCCAUCAACAUCACAACGUUUGUGGAACCAGACCCCAAAUCAAGUUCCAUCCCAGUCCAGGUUUCCAAUUACACAAAGCCAAAAGCAGUGACCAACCUGAAUGUAAGCUUUGUGAACACCACAUCCAUCCAGCUCAUGUGGACCAGACAAACGGAUUACAAGAACUCCUAUUACUAUUUGGUGAAAGCCUUUCUGAAUAAUGCGCUGGUUCACAAUAACACUACAACGGAAGAGACAUACACCGUCACCGGCCUGCUUCCUGGAACCCCCUACACAUUCACUGUGUUCACAGUUCAGGAAGGGGUCCCAUCAACACCAGAAAGCAUAGAGGAAUAUACAAUUCCUGCGGCAGUCUCAAACAUCUUAGCCAUAGGAACCACCAAUAGCUUGAACGUGACCUGGACCAAAGCGAGUGGGAUGGUUUCCUCCUACUCCAUCUAUCUUUACAGAGGCACAGAGUUAGUGAAAAACCAGAUAGAUCUGAGCAACGACACUACUGGCGUUGUAUUCACGGAUUUAAAACCAGGAGUGCUUUACCGUGUUGAGGUUGUGACCAGAAGUGGAACAGAGCUGUCCAAAUCUGAGGUUUUCAAUGCAACUUAUCCCAACCCCCCUGGCUCCAUCAUGGUAGACCUUCAGACCCUCAACUCCAUCAACUUCACCUGGGCCCGUCCAGCUGAUAUGGACCAUAACCAGUACAACUUCAGUGUGUCCUCUUCAAAUGGCUCUUAUUCCACACAAAACAACUGGUUCCUGCUGCAACGCCUUCAGCCAGGAAGCAGUUAUGAGAUUUCUGUAGUUACUGUUGGAGUGUGGGGCUAUAAGAGUACACCAGAGAUGACACGAAACUUUACAAAACCUGAUUCGGUGGUGGAUCUGAUGGGGACCGAAAUCACCACUAGUUCAGUGACCCUGAACUGGAAUCAGCCAAACAGCCAACCGCAUUACUCUUAUGAAGUGCGGGUUGAAAGUGUUGUCCCUAAUUUAUCAGGGUCAGGAAACAUAACCAGUACAGGGAAGAAAACAAUUAAAAUUAAUGAUCUUGAAUCUGGGAGCAACUACACCUUCACCGUGACUACACGUACAGAAGAUCACACCCCAGCAGACUCUGUGACCAUUUUCUUAUUUACAAGGCCUUAUAAUAUCACAGAUUUGAAGGCUUCAACCUUAAGCACAACUAGCGUUUACCUAAACUGGACAAAACCAUACCAGUACAAGUCUCAUUUCAGAUAUUUGGUGGAAGCGACAGGCUGUCGCAACAAAACUAACGUCUCAUCUGCACAAAACGUAACCUUCUCAGACCUCACCCCUGGAACCAACUGCACUUUCUGUGUUACUGUUAUCACACUUGAUGACACCAAAGGGAGAGAAGUCUGCACCACUCAGUAUACAAAGCCUGAGGUGGCACAGCCAGUUAUGUCCAGUCUCGGAUCUAAUAAUUCAAUUAUGGUAACAUGGACCAAACCCGCUGGAAAUGUGGAGAAAUACACACUUGAGCUAAACGGUUCAGGUUUACAUCGACAACAGGACCUGAACUUUAACACCAGCCAGUUCCUGCAUGUCAAUCUGUCUGCUGCAGCGCUUUACAGCGCUGUGCUAAAGUCAUGCAGUGGACCAUUCUGUGAACCAUCUAUAAUGGUUACAAACGCUACUUACCCAAACCCGCCCGGUCCAAUCGAGAUCCUGCAGAAGACGACCAGUUCUAUUGAACUGCGCUGGGGAGAAGCGCCUCUGAUGAGUAACGCAUCCAGCUACCAAUACAGUCUGACCUACAAUCUCUCCCAGGAAGAUGAGAAGGUCCCCUCUCUCACGACGAAUCACACUUUACUGGCACUGCUGUCUGGGACUUCCUACAACAUUUCAGUGAAAACUGUGGGACCGAUGGGUUUUGAAAGUGAAUCUGUUUACAAAUACAUGGUUACCACAAGACCUCACAGCGUGCAUUUUACCACCAUCAGUACUGAGGAGUACGGUAUCAGUGUACAAUGGAGCAACCCUCAUGAGUAUAAGACGACCUAUCGCUUUUUUCUCACCUGGCAAAGCUCUGACCGGAAUAUCACUGAAAACACCACAAUUAGUGAAACCUCACAUGACAUCUCGGAACUCACGCCUGGCACAGAGUACAACAUCAGCGUCACCACCGAGACCUCUGAUGGAACACAAUCUGCCCCAAACACGACUUCCAUUUGCACAAAUGCGGGUCGUGUGGAUAGUUUAAAAUGUGAAGGACCAAACUCCGGAGAUCCAAAGCUCAUUCUGACUUGGGAUAAGCCCGAGGGAAAAUUCUCUGACUUCCAGUUUAAUAUAUCCAACAGUUCUCAGAGCAUCACUGAGAAAGGAAGCUGCUGCAACCACACCAUUUCCAACCUUGCUUACCAUUCUGAAUAUAAUGUAGUUGUGGAGACUCAGAGCUGUGGAAAACCUAGCACUUCUCGGACAGUGAAAUGUCACACAGGCGUUGGACAGCCACCGAUUCCAUCGAAGAUAAAGUUGAACACAAAUCCAUCUCACAAUUCAUUCGAGGUUUUUAUCGCCUCUGACAUGAUAAACAACUCCAAGGGACCAGUGACUCAUGUUGGGAUUCUGGUAACAAGCGAUGAUGAAGCCGGCAAUUCUAACCUUGAGCAAUAUCUGCUGAAAACAUACGAUGACUGGAGAUUAAAGUCUGCCCAAGCAUACCUGGCAACUGUAGAAAACUACACCCUAACCACACGCAGCAAUACUGACAGCAUUGUGCUUAAAGUAGGAAGUGAAUCAAAAUGGAAGGGAUACACUAACGGUCUUUUGGAUCCAAGUGGAACGUACAAAUAUGCCUUAGUGGUUUUCACCAAUUUGGUCAUGGAUUUAAAUAAUCAUCUUAACAUCACUACCUCAGUGUUUUCUAUAACGGAUUACUCUGAUGUCAUUACUCUCAAGCAAAACCCAGAUAUCAUUCCUAUUGCUAUUGGAGUAACACUUGGCAUUUUUGGAGUUCUCUUUGUCAUCCUCAUUGGCUUCAUCAUCUAUUGGAGAAGGUUGUCCAGAAAGGAGGCUCCCGACAUCCAGAUUCAGUCAUUAGGGAGUAAAGUAAGUGUGGCUGUGAGGGUGGAGGACUUUGAAGCUUACUACAAGAAGCAGAAAGCUGACUCCAGCUGCGGCUUCGCUGAAGAAUUUGAGGACCUGAAGCCUGUCGGGACAGCUCAGGCAAAAGUGCACGCCCUAGCUUUGGAGAACAAGCCUAAAAACCGCUACAACAACGUCCUUCCAUAUGACUCGUCCAGGGUGAAACUCUCUGUUGUUCAUGGAAGUCCGAAUGAAGAUUACAUCAAUGCUAAUUACAUGCCGGGUUACCUCUCCCGGAAGGAGUACAUUGCAGCUCAGGGACCUUUGCCUGCAACAGUCAACGACUUUUGGAGGAUGGUCUGGGAGAAGAACGUGCAUACUCUGGUCAUGCUAACACGCUGUAAUGAACAAGGAAGGGUCAAAUGUGAGCAGUACUGGGGUCCUGGCACUAAAUAUUAUGAAAACAUAAUUGUUACAAUAACCUCUGAAAUCCCUCUUGAAGACUGGACCAUCAGGGACUUUGACAUAAAAAAUGUGAAAACGACAGAAGUCCGUUCCAUCCGCCACUUCCAUUUCACAGCCUGGCCGGAUCACGGCGUUCCAGAAACCACAGAGCUUCUGAUCAGCUUCAGACAUUUGGUCAGAGAGCACAUGAACCAGUACUCCAGAAACUCCCCCACAAUCGUUCACUGCAGUGCUGGAGUGGGGCGCACAGGCACCUUCAUAGCCAUCGAUCGCUUGAUCUUCCAGAUCGAAAGGGAAAAUAUUGUAGACGUAUACGGCAUUGUUCACGAUCUGCGAAUGCACCGGCCCCUCAUGGUGCAGACAGAGGACCAGUAUGUCUUCUUAAACCAGUGUGCCUUGGACAUCAUCCGGGCAAGAACAGGGAACAACGUGGAUCUAAUCUACCAGAACACAGCUGCCAUCUCAAUUUAUGAGAACGUAAAGCCAAAAACGGGAUAUUAGACUGCUUUUUAAUUUUUCUAUGUCUCCCCCUGCUUUAGGAUGAGAAACAACUGAGAAAACAGGUUUAAAAGGAAUAUUUUUAACUGAAUGUGCUGUGUUGAUUUUCAUAGCGAUCACACCUUUUAAGGGUUUAUACCUCGUCGUUUUCAUAUUUAUUUGUUAAAAAUAGAGGAAACCACAGCAUUGUUUAUAUGCUUCUGCCUUACAUUCUCUCAUGGCUGCAAACUGUUUUCACUGCACAAUUGUUUUAAAGUUGCUUCCUACUGUAUAUAUGACAAACUGACUUUAAUUCUGCUCAGGUAGUUUUUUGUUUUUUGUAUAUUCUGGUAUUUUACAUAAGCUUUUGAUAAAUUGAACAGUGCAAAACUAUUGCUGGUAUAUGGAUACGUGCCUAAAACAGCGUGGAUGAUUUUACACCAAUAGAGGGCGCUCUUGUCUUAUUUUUUUAACUGAUAACCAGGGACCAUAUAAUAUUUUAAAGGAACUUUAAAUUAUUCUCCUCUUGCUCAACUAACUAUAAGCCAAUAUGAACUGUGCAAUGUGAUUUAAUGAAAGUUUAUUUGUUUUAGGUUAUUUUUAUAUUUAUAUGCACUGCAAUGUGGCAAAUGCACUGGAUGCAUUAAUGCAUUUGUCCUACACUGUCCACUUUAGAUAACAGAGGUGUUUGAUUUUUUUUUCCAUUUUCUUUUUUCUUUUAGUAGUUUUAGAUUCUGGCCAGUGCUUCUUCAAAUGGAAUAUCUUGCUUAUCCUUCCUCAUUUCAUCUCAGGAACUUCUUCCAAGAAGAGCAUUUUACUGGCUGUUAUUGUGUUAGAAAGAAAAUCUAUAAAGCACCAGUUUGUAUUAUUAAUUUAGAGAUGAUUUCUGUUCACUUGUUUUGUCUUUUCUAUGCUGUACAUGCUGUAGAAAAACUGUAAUUUUAUCUCACUUCCUGGGACAACUGUCAUCAUUGAUGUUCACUUCAUGUGUUGUAAAAGUCACCAGAAAAGCACAAGCUUAAUUUCUUUUUUUCUCUGUUGGCCAAUAUUUUCCAUGAGCCAGGUACGAUUGAAGGAAAAACUUCUUUUUUUUUUUUUUUUUUUUUUUGGAAUAGAAGCACUUAUGUUUGAUGAGAAAUAGGAGUAUAAAAUAGCAAAUGUUUUUGAUGUUUUUAAAAGGCUUUUUAAGAUGCUUGCUGGUUCAAUGCAAUUAUGUAAAAUGAGCUGAAAUGUAAAAUGUGUACUUCUGAAUUAUGUCAAAUGAAAUGGGAUUGUAGACGUUGCAACAUUGUGGCAACAAGCUACUCUUUAGGAGAAUCUACCCACUUCAGUGCGAAUAAAGCUUAACUGUCUCGCUAAAAA